CUUUUUGUAUUAAAUAGAUUAAAAAAGCUGGCAACUCUUCAUGUAUCUUUGCUUGCACUUUUCUAAAUCGAAAUAUUUACUCAUUCGUGAGCCAACGGUCAGUAUUUUUAUCAGUACAUUGGAUUUACUGUACAAACUAACCCGGCAGGGUGAAACUUGAGCAAUCUUUACGAAAAUUAAAGGCAAUAACAAGCAUUACCUCAAAUGGCUCUCAAUUUUGUCCUUCGUUCGUCCUGCCGUAGCUCGGCUCCGCUGUUUGUAUCACUGUUGAAUUAUGGUCGUCUAUCGGCACCGGUAGUCCGCUCGCUGGUUCCAAAAGUAAGCACACCCGCUUUGCUCGGUAGAACUCUACGUCACUUCACCGCGACGCCGGUUCGCCGAGCAGCAGCCGGUGGUAACCAUACAACGCUAUGGACAGCCGAGAAAGCUCUUUCGCUCGCCCUGUUGGGUGUUCUGCCAGUCGGAAUGAUGUAUCCCUCGCAGGCCACUGAUGCUGUGAUUGCUGUCUGCGUCGUAAUGCAUUUCCAUUGGGGUCUGGAAGCCAUCGUCACCGAUUAUGUUCGACCGAUUCUAUUUGGCCAUACUGUACCAAAGGUUUGCCACGCUCUGUUGCUAGUGGUUUCGGCAGCAACCCUCGGAGGACUGUUCUGUUUCAUCCACAAUGACAUCGGUAUUGCUAACACCAUUCGCAAGAUCUGGGCCACCAAACCGAAGGCUUAAGAAGUAUUCUAGAAGUAUUUUUCGGAACGAGAAAACAAACACAACAGGAAGCUAGUGAUAGUGAUCAUGCUGGCGAAAUUUGCAUAAAGCGAAGCUUUUUCAUAUUUAAAUAUAUUUCGAUUCAUGUCGGAGUCAACUGAUUAUUUCAAA